AUGCCCAAGCGGCGAGCCGCUUGGAGCGCUUGGAACUACCUCGGCAAGUCUACGGAGAUUGCGGCGGCGGCGGCAAGGGGGCACGCCGCGGACACCAAGCCCGCGUUCGUCACCUACUGGCUCAACAAGGCACCUCCAAAACCUGGACUGUUCGACACAAGUAUUCGUGUCCCUCAACCCGCACACGCCGCCGGAGCCCGGCCUGGUCCACGAAACGCUGCGGUACCGACACCCCCAGUUCUCGCCGAGGGCGGAGGGCGGCCAGCGGCUGCUGUCGUCGGUGAACGGGAAGCGCGGACUGUGGUUUUGCGGCGCUUGGAGAGGCUAUGGCUUCCACGAGGACGGCUUGAGAUCGGGGCUCGAGGCCGCGGCGGGCAUCACCGGGAAGGCGGUGCCGUGGGUAGCAACCUCGGCGGCCACCCCCGGCACCGCGAACCCCAGAUCCCCGACCACCUCCUCGUCGCCGGCUUCCAGCCUCCCGCCGUCUCCCUCCGGCGCGGAGGGUCACGCCUCCUCCGCCCCGCCCCCGCCGCCGCCUUCGUCGCAAACCCGGGGGUGGCCGAGUGGGGGGGUUCCAUGGUGGAGGCGGUGGCCGUCCGGGCCAUCUGCGCGUUCCUGCGGCGGACCGUAGCCAAGGGGUGCAUGACCAUCUCGUGCCCGGACGGCCGGGAGCUGCAGUUCGGGGACCCCGGCGUGGCUGAUGCCGGGACGGGGUGGGAAGGGGGGGACGGGACGUCUUCCGGCGAGGGGGGCAGGAGGGUGGCCAUCCGCGUGUUCGACUGGUGGUUCUUCGUGAGGGUGGCCAUGGAGUACGACCUCGGCCUAGCAAGGUCGUACUUAGCGGGCGAGUGGGAGGUGGUCGGUGAGAACGAGGAGCACGACGGGCUGAGGCAGAUCUUCCUCUUCUUCGUGGAUAACAGAGACGUCUCCACGGACACCCACGGCCGAAGCGGUGGGAUGAAGGCGGGGAAGCUCCUGACGAGCUGGGUAGGGUACGGGCUGAACUACCUUCGGUAUAAGCUGAGCAUGGAUAACAGCCUCAGUGGCUCCAGGUCAAAUAUCGAGGCUCACUAUGACCUGUCGAACGAGCUGUUCAAGACCUUCCUCGACGCGGACUACAUGCUAUACAGCUGUGGGAUCUUCCAAGCGGACAUGGGCAGCCCUGGCGGCGAGCUAGUCCUCUCCGGGUCGCUGGAGAAGGCGCAGGAGCGAAAGGCGGACGCCCUGAUCGCGAGGGCCAGGCUGUCCAAGCACCACCGCUUGCUCGACAUCGGCUUCGGUUGGGGAGGCAUUUCCAUCAGGGCGGCCGAGACUGUCGGGUGCCGCGUGCAUGGCAUCACUCUGAGCAAGGAGCAGAUGGCGUUGGCGGAGGAGAAGGUGUUGGCGCGCGGGCUGCAGGAUCUCAUCACCUUCGAGCUGGUGGACUACCGAGACUUCGCCAAGCAGCACCCGGGAGAGUUCGACCGCAUCAUCUCGUGCGAGAUGAUCGAAGCGGUAGGACACAACUACCUGGGGACGUUCUUCGCAUCCGCGGAUGCCCUGCUGGCCCCCGGCGGCGUGAUGGUCAUGCAGGCCAUCACCACCCCUGAGAACCGUUACGAGGAGUACAUCAGGUCCACCGACUUCAUCAACACCAUCAUCUUCCCAGGGUCGUGCUGUCCUUCCCUGACGGCCCUGCUGUCCGCCAUGGCGAGCAGCAGCUCCUUUUCCCUCGAGGGCCUGGACAACAUGUGCGUGCACUACGCGCACACCCUCAAGCAGUGGAGGCAUCGCUUCAACCACUCAUUGGACCAGGUUAUGGCCCAAGGCUUUGACUCGGCCUUUGUCCGGUGCUUCAACUACUACUUCGCCUACUGCGAGGCCGGCUUCGUCAGCCGCACGGAGGGGCUCAUGAUGCUCACCUUCGCCAGGCCGGGGACAGCGGCGCUCGACCCCAACGCGGUCACCUCGAUACUCCUGCGGGAUUAGAUUUACCGCAGGUUGCAUACGCAAAUAGCAACAUGCCCUGGACCGAUUUUCGAUCCUCCUGCGGGAUUAGCAAGUUGCAUGCGUAGGAUACCACCCCUCCCUGGGCCGAUUUUCAA